AUGGACAGCGCGUUAAGCAACACGCGCUUCUCCGACCUCAAGCCUCCUCUCUCCGAUCCGGUUCUCCAAGCCCUAACCGCCUCCGGCGUCGAAUUCUGCACUCCGGUUCAAGCCGAAACAAUCCCCUUGCUAUGUAGCUUCAAGGACGUCGCCGUCGACGCCGCCACCGGCUCCGGCAAAACCCUAGCCUUCGUCGUCCCCCUCUUCGAGAUCCUCCGCCGCGCUUCCACCAAUCCCAAGCCUCACCAGGUGAUGGGAAUGAUCAUAGCUCCGACGAGAGAGCUCUCGUCGCAGAUUUACGACGCAGCAAAGCAGUUCGUUUCGACGUCGCCGAAUUUCAAGUGCGUGCUUUUGGUUGGAGGACGCCAAGUGAAAGCUGACAUGCAGCGGAUUCAGGAGGAAGGAGCCAAUUUGCUGAUCGGAACACCCGGUAGACUCUACGACAUUAUGGAACGUAUGGAUCGCUUGGAUUUCCGGAGCUUUGAGAUUUUGAUUUUAGAUGAGGCGGAUAGGCUGUUGGAUAUGGGGUUCGAGAAGCAGCUGACUGGUAUUAUAUCUCGCCUGCCAAAGCUGAGAAGAACUGGUCUUUUUUCAGCUACUCAGACUGAGGCAGUUGAGGAGCUGGCCAGGGCGGGGUUGAGGAAUCCGGUGAGGGUUAAAGUGGUUGCGGAGUAUAUAACACCUUCGGGACUUUCCAUUGAGUAUAUGGAAUGCGACGCAUACAAGAAGCCGUCGCAGCUUGUGGAUAUCCUUGUUAAGAAUAAGUCUCAAAAGACCAUGGUGUACUUCAUGACUGGUGCUUGUGUUGACUACUGGAAAGUUGUUCUAUCAUGCCUCGCUCCCUUGAAGGAUUUCAAUCUGAUUGCUAUCCGUGGGAAGAUGAAACAGAAAGCAAGGGACAAAGCUCUAGCCUCAUUUGCAUCUCUCUCAAGUGGCGUCCUUCUAUGCACUGAUGUUGCUGCCCGUGGACUUGACAUUCCGGGUGUUGACUGUAUAGUGCAGUAUGAUCCACCUCAAAAGCCUAAUGAUUUCGUACAUAGAGUUGGCAGAACAGCACGUAUGGGUAGACAAGGCAGUGCAAUUGUUUUCCUGUUACCAAAGGAGGAAGCUUAUGUGGAAUUCCUGCGGAAAAAAGGAGUUCCUCUUCAAGAAAGGAUAUGUCCGGAUGAUGUCUCUGAUGUUGUUCUUCAGCUACGAUCUGCUGCAAGAAAAGACCGUGAUAUCAUGGAAAAGGGCAAGCGGGCUUUGAAAUCUUACGUCCGUGCUUAUAAAAAACACGGCUGCUCCUACAUUUUCAGGUGGAAAGAACUUGAACUUGGGAAGUUGGGCAUGGGGUUUGGACUACUACGGCUCCCUGCAAUGUCUGAGGUAAAACACAACACACUUUCCACGGAGGGUUUCACUCCUGUUGCAGACAUCAACUUGGAGGAGAUCAAAUAUAAGGACAAAGCUCGCGAGAAGCAAAGGAGGAAGAAUCUGCUAGUGAAGAAAGAGGCAAAAGAGCAAGAUCCUAAACCUCAAAAAACCAACAAAAAUCCAAGUGCUGCAGCUAAGGUGACGAAGAAGAAAACAGCUAAGAAAAGAGGGGCUGAACAGACAGUUGAAGAUGCUGAUGAGUUGACGAGAGAAUAUCGCCUGCUAAAAAAGCUGAAAAAGGGGACUAUUGAUGAAGCUGAGUUUGCUAUGAUGACAGGAACUGAAAACUUACUUUGA